AUGAGCAAUGUCAAUUUGAUGAGGAAAAAUAGCGAUGUAGCGACUGAGAAUGUUACAGAUUUUUGUGGGCCGACAUCAAGUAGUGACUAUAACACAGACAGUAGUUGCCUUCCACGAAUAUGCGAGGAAACAAAUUCUUCGAAAGAAGUAGUGUCCACUGAGGUUGAUUCGAUCUCAAGUAAUUCAGAGGCUGUGGAACAUAAUAUUUUUGACAUUCCUCUAGAUAUUACUAACAUGGAUGUGAUUUUCGAAGAAAAUAUUAACAAUAUUGAAAUAACAAGUCUUUCAGGCACGCAAACCGAAAACCCAGAUUUAGUUGACGAUUCAACUCUAUUGAAUUAUGCCAUUGAGAGAGUUUCAGACCAUGAGGAAUACCAAGAAAUUGUUGUAAAUGACCAAGUAGGAGGAGAAAUUGAGGAAGAAGGUGAUGAUUAUAUUCGAGGCAAUGCAGAGGUAUGCUCUCCUAGUGAUGAAGCACCAUCAGUUGAUGAAAAGAUGCAAGAAGAGUUCGGAAUGAAAAGAAAAAAAAAAGGAAACCAAAGAGAAAUUCGCAAGGCAAAAAGAAACAGAGGCGAGUUUUAUAUAGGACAUAAAAAUAAGGAAAAACAAGGAAAGAAUGUUAAAGAGAAUCCUUGCAUUGAAGGCUGUGCGAAUUCUUGUAAAGAUAUAGGUGAAGAUCGAAGAAAAUUAUUAUUUGAAAAUUACUGGGCUUUGAGCCACCAACGAAAAAAAGAUUUUAUAGUCAAUCACAUUGAUAUCCAUGAAGUGAAACGUAGAAGGAUUGAAACAGAGAGUAGAAAAUCUCUGACAAGGAACUAUUUCUUACCAAAAGGUGAUGAAAAAAUCAAAGUUUGUAGGCGCUUUUUCAUGAGAACACUUGACGUAUCAGAUAAAUUACUCCGUUAUACCGAAAACAGCAGGAGUGACAUUGAAACAUCAAAAAUUUAUGAACGUGGAAAACACGAUCCCAAGAAUAAAACUCCUGCUUCAUACACUGAUUACGUAAUUUCCUUCAUCAAUAAACUACCAGCGGUUCCGUCACACUAUUGCAGAAAAGACGGUACUCGCAAAUAUUUACCAACUGAGUUUAAGAAUAUUUCAAACCUAUACAGAAUUUAUGGAAAAUUCAUGGAUCAAGAAAAUAUUAACAAAAAACCCAAUAAAGUAAGCUUACAAGUUUUCAAAAAGAUCUUCAAAAAUGACUUCAAUAUAGGGUUCCACAUACCUAAAAAGGACAAGUGCUUGAAAUGUGAGAAAUACAAAAAUUCUCAGAAUGAUCUUAUAAAUGAAGAACAACAGAGUGAAUAUAGCCAGCAUAUCAGAGAAAAAGAGUUACAAAUAAAACAUUCAAUGAAGAUCAGAAAAGAGGAAAGACUAGGGCUGAAGUAUAAUGUGAAGAAGAAAGCUGCGAAUAAUAAAAAAGAGUAUGCUUGUACCGGAGGGGGCCCAGCUAAGGAAACACCUUCAACUGAUUGGGAAAUUGAAAUUUUAGGUAUCUUGGGAAAAACAUUCUUCGAAGGUGUUGAUAGUAGUUAG